UACCGCCGACUCAGUUAAAUUUUUUUUAAAUAUAAAAGACUGAUUCAUAAAAGAGUCCAUGAAGAAAAGCAUUUAGCGAUUUAAAAAUUCUUGUAAUAUGAGAUUUGUGCGUUGAUUAAAUUUCUUUCAGUCUUAUGAUCAUGGUCAACAAACGUUACUUCGAACCUAAAUUCCCGUUAAUUAAAACGUUGUUCUGCGAACGCUCAAUUUCAACUUCACUUCGAGCCCUAAAAUCUUAGCUUUGUGCUAAACAAUCCACCGCUUAUCAUUUUUCUAGUUAUAUGUGUUUGCACUCGUGACUAAUGAUCGUUUAUUACCCAUAUUUGAUUUAUUUUCAUGUUAAACUGACGUGAACAGCAGAGUGCCCUACGGCGAAUCAGGUCGUGCCGCCAUGACAGCUUGGCGCGUCUUCUGUGUGGUACUCGGCCUGGUGGUGGGCAGUGGCAACGUUGGAGCGACAGUGGUUCGGACGGAUGGGAAUCUUGGUCUGGAGUGCGUGUUGGGGGACGGUGCUGUUGGCCGCUGCGAAGAGCUGACCGCCUGCAUGAGGACGGGGGGCGUGGCGCGACACAACGGAGCCGUGACCUUAUGCAAGACUUCCUCUGCUGCGGCCGUGCACGUCUGCUGCCGGAGGCCCGAGAUCAUCGCCAUGCAAAUGUGCUCAGCGUGGACGCAAUACUGGAGUGCCGCCGCCUCGCAGGAAUUCAACGUCUCGUGCAUCACUUCACGGCCUCUCAUAUACGGGGGGCAGGAGACCUUGCUGGGGGAGUUCCCUCACAUUGUGGCGGUGGGCUGGUGGAUGGAGGAAAAACCGGUAUGGAAGUGCGGUGGGUCGCUCAUCACGCCCUUCUUCGUGCUCACUGCCGCUCACUGCAUCGACCGCAACAUCACGAUGGUGGUGAGGCUGGGGGAGCACGACCGCUCAGCGCAUGAUAAGGGAGUGCUACCGAGCAUCAAUCUGGGACUGCCACCGGGGCUCGCGGGGGAAGAAAUCAUCAAAGAGCGAUUCACUGAAUCGGUGCCUAUCGAACAAGAGAUUAACGUGACGCAGAUCUUCACCUAUCCUGACUACCAGAAAUGGUACCACGACAUCGGGCUCCUCAAACUCGAACAUCCCGCGGGGCUGACGGCGCGCGUGUUGCCUGCUUGUCUCCCCAUCUCGCCGGUGCAGCACUUUGAGCACACCUCCACCUUCGCCGUCGCCGGCUGGGGCAGCUCUGAGGUUGACCUGCUGGGCUCAGUCGACCGUCUGCAGAAGGUUAAAAUUGACUACAUCGCACCCAACCGCUGCUGGCAACGUUUCAACGAUCACCCAGCCCUCCGACCACCCUGGGGCGUAACCAAAGACAUGAUCUGCGCUGGUGCUGACGGCAAGGACUCCUGUACAGGCGACAGCGGCGGGCCUCUGAUGCAGGAGGAUUUCGAUCUUCCUGGAGCUCCUCCCGGGACGUGCGUUCCGCGUGUGGUGACAGGGGUGGUUAGCUUCGGUCCCGCAGUGUGCGGACAGUUUGGUGUCUACACGCGGGUCGCAGCCUACCUCGACUGGAUCACCUCAAUCGUGGCACCUAAUGCGUCUUAUUCACAGCAGAAUAGUGUAUAGUCCACUUACUCGGUAUUGAUACCUGUUUGUCUGACCAACCGGAUGUCUAUUGCUCCAAUGGAAAACAACUAUGAUCAUUCAUCCUCCAUGACCAACAAAAUUUUUGCAUCUGCUGCCCAAUGUUUUCACUUAUGAUUAUAUAUAAUUCAUCAAUAUUUGCCUUUAUGCAACUCUUCCCCUUUCACUGUAAUUUCUCCUCACUUAUGAGCCGUAGUAAUAACUAUUCUUCGGCAAGGACGUACAUGCUUUGAUUGUAGUCACGUGGAGGAAAAUAAACGUUUGGAAUUAGUCAUGCGUUGAGAAGGAUGCGUUUUGAAUGAGGUCAUGGCAUUUCCUGUACUAUACCUAUUCUUCGAUUGGAAGCACCGCUUACUCGGCGAGGACAGAGAGUCUCACUAUAAUAAUGGAACUGAGAUUUUUCUCCAUUUCAAAUAGUAGAAAUAUUGAUUUACUUUAGAUUUACGUUUCAUUUGUUCUAUGUCAUAGCAGGAAGCAAUUCCCAGGAUGUUUCGCAUUUCAUAUUGAACUUCUGAUAUGCAUCAUUUGAAGAUGGUUACCUUGGUAUGAAAAGUUGAAGUCGUUCCUCCGAAGUUUUAAUACGGCUUCUGUACAAACUCCUCGCGCUUGAAGAUAUGAAAACUCACAAGCCACGGGAAGUGUUUAAGCUGGUAUACUCUGGCAAAUAAAUAAUUUAGAUAAUUAAUUAAGGUAAUUGUAAGAAUUUUCGUUUUAUGAAAAAUACACAGAACUGCU